AUGCAAAUGCUCGAGAACAUGCGAAUUGGUAUCCAGACGCCGCAGAAGCCAUCGUUAAUCGACACUAUGUCGAUGACUAUUUUGACAGUGCUGACAACGAAGAUGAAGCGAUUCAACGGGCUCUUGACGUGCGGAAGGUACAUGCGCUUGGUGGGUUUGAAAUCCGCAAUUGGCGGAGGAUAUCCGCUGCUCCUGGUAGGUUCCAAGGCGAAGGUCGCCCCACUCAAGCUCACCUCGACACCACGAUUGGAGCUGCAAGCCGCAGUGAUAGGUGCGAGAAUGAUGAACACGCUGCAAACAACGUUGCCCGUCCCGGUCCAGGAAGUAUUCUUGUGGGUAGAUUCAAUGACGGUUCUAUCCUGGAUUAGGUCUGACAGCCGUAAGUACAAACCGUAUGUGGCACACCGUAUAGCGGAAAUAAUUCACACGACGAAUAUCAAUUGCUGGAAAUAUGUCCCAUCGAAGAGGAAUGUAGCCGAUGAUAUAACAAAAUGGGGAGCUGGAACUACCGUGGACCCGGAUAGUAGGUGGUUCAAUGGUCCACCUUUUCUCCGUCAAACUAAAGAUUUGUGGCCGGAGCAACCGAAGACAAAGUCCGUUGUGUCGGAGGAGCUAAGACCAUGCUACCUGCUUCAUCAUAUAACUAUUCCUCGACAUAUCAUCGACGUAACACGCAUAUCUAAAUGGCGAACAUUAGUGCGAACAGUGGCAAUGGUGUAUCGCUUUGUCUCUAACUGUAAACGAAAACGGAUGGGGUUACCCAUUGAAGCAAUAAACACUGAAAACGAUCAUAAAUUAGCAGUUUCAGCAGAAUUUGUGGCAAUCCAGCAAGAAGAGCUAGCGAAAGCUGAAUGUUUAUUGUGGCGAAUCGCUCAGGCCGAUGCAUUUCCGGAUGAGAUGAGAAUUCUGAAAAGAAAUAUGGAACUUCCACGUGACCAGUGGAUGUACAUCGAAAAGUCAAGUCAGCUCUACAAAAACUCACCGUUCUUGGACGAAGAUGGUGUCAUCAGAAUGGAAGGAAGGACGUGCUCAGCAGCCUUUGUAGCGUGGGGUACCCGUUUCCCUGUCAUAUUGCCAAGAAGCCACGAAAUAACGACGAAGAUAUUGGCAGAUUAUCAUGUUCGAUUUGGACAUGGUUCGAAGGAAAUCAUCGUAAACGAAGUACGUCAAGCGUUUUUCGUUCCAAAACUACGGACAGCUGUGGCCGAGGUUAUUCGUAAUUGUUUGAAAUGUCGGCUACGGAAAAGUAAGCCGGUUCUACCUCGUAUGGCGCCACUUCCUAUUCAACGUUUGCAGCCCUAUGUCAGAGCCUUUAGCUACGUAGGACUUGAUUACUUCGGGCCGAUCGAUGUCACCGUAGGUAGGCACAAGGAGAAGCGUUACGUAGCACUAUUUACGUGCCUGGUUGUACGGGCCGUCCACUGUGAGGUAGCGUAUAGUCUAAGCUCUGAAUCUUGCAAGCAAGCUAUCAGACGUUUCAUUCGGCGACGUGGUUCUCCAGUUCACAUUUUUUUGGACAAUGGAACCAAUUUUCAAGGAGUCAGUCAGGAGCUUCGGAAAGAGUUGGAAAGAAUCGAUCGAGAUUGCGCCAAUACGUUUACCGAUGUUAGAACUAAGUGGACUUUCCACCCGCCAUCCGCUCCUCAUAUGGGCGGCGUGUGGGAGCGAAUGGUGAGGUCUGUCAAAGCCGCAAUGGAGAUGCUUAUUGACGGUCGUCGAAUGAACGACGAAAUUCUGGCGACCACUUUAGCGGAAGCAGAGUAUUUGGUUAAUUCCCGACCACUGACGUAUGCGGGAACAGAAGAUAAUGAAAUGGAUGCAAUUACACCAAACCAUUUCCUUCUCGGCAGUACCUCUGGACAACACGAACCGUACAAGGUUACCAUUACUAUGGCAGACGAGCUAAGGAGCAGCUACAAGCGGUCUAUGUCACUGGCGAAUGCGUUCUGGAAUAGAUGGUGUAAAGAGUAUUUUCCGACACUAAAUCAACGCAGUAAAUGGCACGAGGAAGGUAGAAGACUAGAAGUAGGGGAUUUGGUUUUCAUCAUGGAUUAUGGGAAAGGCGAGACAGGAGUUCGAGGUAUAAUCGAAGAAGUCUUCGCUGGACGCGAUGGGCGUGUGCGGCAAGCAAUAGUUAGGACGAAUGGAGGAGUCUUUAAGAGACCCGUAGCGAAGCUGGCGGUUCUCGAAUUGGAUGAUAAACCUGGUGAAGCCAUUGGAGAGCAUGUAGACCAGGGUUUAUGGGCUGGGGAGUGUUCGAACCAACAGGAUUGA